AUGCAGAUUCCACUCUCAGAGCCAUCUUGGCUCCGUGGUCUCCCAAGCCCCUUCUACAACGAAUCGCACUUUAGAUUCCAGCGAGCGUGUCGGGCAUUCCUAGACAAGAAUUUGCAUCGGGAUGCUCUCGACUGGGAGAGGGCUGGCGAUGUGCCCGCUGAUCUCUUUGCGACCUUUGCCAAGGCUAACUUUGUGCUGCCUGCUCUUCCUAGCCCGUUGCCAGUCGAAUGGCUACGGCGUCUAGGCAUAAAUGAGAUGCCUGGUGGGGUUCCCAUCGAGAAAUGGGACACUAUUCACUGCAUGAUUUACUCGGACGAGAUGAAUAGGUCGGGAUUGGCUGGACCUGGUGGUGCAAUAACCGCUGGUAUGGCAUACGGAGUGCCGCCCCUGCUGCACUAUGGAAGCCGAGAGCUCCAGGAGAAAUUUGUUCCAGAUUUGCUGCUGGGAAAGACACGAUCUUGUAUUGCUGUCACAGAGCCAGAUGCUGGCUCUGAUGUCGCUGGCAUAACCACGACGGCCGAAAAGAGUGAUUGUGGUCAAUUUUACAUUAUUAAUGGCGCCAAGAAAUGGAUCACAAACGGUAUUAUGGCUGACUAUGCUACUAUGGCUGUCCGGACUGGCGGACAAGGCUCUGGAGCAAAAGGGAUGUCCCUGAUGGUUGUUCCGUUGAAGAAUACCCCGGGCGUGGUUUGCCGGCGUUUGAAGGUGGGCGGUUCAGUCACCUCUGGAACAACAUAUAUAGAACUGGACAAUGUUCGGGUGCCUGUCUUCAAUCUUAUCGGCCGCGAGGGAGAGGGCAUGCGGUACAUCAUGCAAAACUUCAACCACGAGCGUAUGUUCUUUGGCGUCGGAAUCGUGAGACAGGCAAGGGUGGCUCUCAGUUCAGCCUUUGAGUACUGUCUUCAUCGGGAAGCUUUCGGAAAGCCUCUGAUCAACUUACCUGUCGUUCGUCACAGGCUUGCCAAGUGUGCAGCCAUGCUAGAAUCGCAUACCGCCUGGAUGGAGUUGACUGUCUACCAACUGGCAAAUAUGACCAAGGCCGAUGCUGAUACCCAGCUGGGAGGAUUUGUUGCUUUAUGUAAGGCAAACGCAGGAAUGGUCCUGGACGAGUGUGCUCGCUGUGCGGUACUUCUGUUUGGUGGCAAGGGUUACACACGGUCAGGCCAGGGUGAAAUCAUCGAAAGCAUUUAUCGAGAGGUGCCCGGCGCAAGAAUUCCAGGAGGGAGCGAGGAUGUCUUCAAGAGAAUGUGCUAG